AUGCUUGAUACCAGAGAAGGCGAGCGGGCAGUGUAUCGUUUAGUCAGAGCACGUCAUCGCUCAACGUUGGAUAUGGAGCACACCAAGAUCGUUAAGGGAGCUGAUGGAGCCGUUCUGCGCCGCUCUGGUCAGAUCCUGGAGAGGUGGCGAGAGUACUACAAUCACUUGUGUAACGAAGAGUUCUGUCAUCCUCCCAUCCCAACCGUUCCCAGCGUCGAGGGUCCUGUUCUACCAAUUACUGCCGUCGAAGUCAGUGCUGCCCUCGCAAAAAUGAAGUCGAACAAGGCAACCGGUCCUGAUGACAUACCUGUUGAUAUCUGGAAGCUGCUAGGAGAUCGAGGGUCCAUGUGGCUCGCAACUCUAUUUAACAAGAUCGUUGCAGAAGGACGGACUCCAGACGUUUGGCAAACUUCCGUGACCGUGCCUGUCUGGAAAGGGAAAGGAGACAUUGCUGACUGCACCUCGUACAGGCCUAUACGACUGCUCUGCCAUACGAUGAAGAUUUUUGAGCGUGUCCUGGAAGCUCGUCUGAGGAAAAUUGUUAGCGUUUCACUCAACCAGUGCGGUUUUGUGAAGGACUGCAGCACUAUAGAUGCUAUCCAUGCUGUCCGAAUCCUCCUGGAGAAACAUCGAGAGAAGAACCGCAGUGUGCAUCUUGCUUUUCUCGAUCUCGAGAAAGCUUUCGACCGUGUCCCACAUGAGCUGUUAUGGAUGUCCAUGAGGUCGCAUAGAGUACCAGAAGAAUAUGUGCGGUGGACGAAGCUGCUUUAUGCGAAGCCUAUCAGCGUUGUACGAUGUGCUGUUGGAACAAGCAGGCCAUUCCCUGUACGAGUAGGGGUUCAUCAGGGUUCAUCCCUCUCACCUCUGCUGUUCACACUGUGCAUGGACACGAUAACGAAGAAAAUCCAGAAGCAGCAUCCGUGGACUCUACUCUUUGCCGACGAUGUCAUGCUCGCGUCGGAGUCUCGAGAUGAUCUUCAGAAACAAGUGCAGUCUUGGAAGGAUCAGCUGCAGCAAUAUGGAUUGCGCCUCAACGCAUCAAAAACUGAGUACAUGGAGUGCGGACCAAGGAUAGAGGAUGGUUCAAUUCGUGUUGAUGGCACCGAAUUAAACAAGGUGAACUGCUUCAAGUACCUUGGAUCCAAAGUGACUUCCACAGGCGACAUUGAUCAAGAAGGUCGAGCACGUGUUAAUGCUGCAUGGAUGAAAUGGAAAAUGGCAACAGGGGUACUGUGCGACAAGAAAGUCCCUGUUCGACUAAAGUCGAAGAUCUACAAGACGGUUGUGCGUCCUGUUGCCCUUUACGGAUGCGAGUGCUGGCCGACAACGAAAGCCUUGGAAAGAGUGCUGCACGCUAUGGAGCUGCGGAUGUUGAGGUGGACGAUAGGUGUAACGCUAAAAGAGAAAGUAUCCAACGACACUGUGCGCUCCAUCUUCGGUGUCGUCCCGAUAACUGAGAAGAUGAAGGAGGCGCGACUGAGAUGGUUUGGUCACGUAUUGCGGCGGGAGAAAGAUUCUGUUGCCAAAACCGCUCUGAGGCUCGACGUUUCAGGAGUGAGGCCGCGCAGGAGGCCAAAGAUUCGCUGGUUAGACCGUGUGAAGCUGGAUAUGAUAGAUGCACGUUUGUGUACGGCUGAUGCAAUGGAUAGAACCAAAUGGAAGACAAGAAGCAGAAAAGCGGACCCUGCAACAACGCGGGACAAACGCUAG